AUGGGUUCAAUUUCCCCCCCUCGCCAGCAGGUUGUGCAAUGCAAAACAAUCGAUGGCAUCAGUCUCGAAGGAUGGUUCUUUGAGGUUGAUGGCCCCGCGCCUGCUAUCAUCAUGUCCCACGGUUUCAAUUGCGUCAAAGAAAUGAGCCUUGAAGACACUGCACGAACCUUCCAAUCCGUGGGCUACAACGUCCUAAUCUACGAUGCCCGUAGUGUUGGAGGCAGCGGUGGCUUCCCCAGGAACCAAAUCAAUCCACACCAGAUGGUCGAGGACGUCUCCGACGUGGUUACCUACGUAGGCAGCCUCCCCAGUGUUGACUCCCGCCGCAUCAUGCUAUGGGGUAUGUCCUUUGGCGCCACGGUCAGCGGUAUUGCAGCCAGCAUAGACCGUCGCGUCGUCGCCGUCCUAAUGGUCUGCCCAAUUUUCAGCAUGGUGCGGCCAGACAGACGCAAAGCCGCCUUUGCACAGCUCAUCAAAGACCGCCAGUCACAAUUGCGCGGCAACGAACCCUUCACCCUCCAGCCGUUUAACAGCAAAGGCGAAAACCCAAUUGGAUACGCAGGCAGUGGCGGCCCCGGUGGAAAAGAAGGGUAUAGGCUGAUGAAAGCCGCAGCGGACCGUGGUCAUCCAAAUUUCCGCGACAGAAUCACCUUGCAAAGCUAUCAUAAGAUGGCUCUGUUCAGGCCAAAAGAGCUGCUAGAGGCCGUGGAGGAUGUACCAAUCAUGAUGAUGAUUCCGGAAUUGGAUGAUAUCAGUCCGGCCGAGGAACAGCUGGCGGCAUUCAAGGGAAUCUCGGCCCCGAAAAGAUUGCACUGGGCUGAAGGAGCCGGCCAUAUGUCGAUUCUAACGGGCGAAGGAUCAGGAAUGAUAUUGCAGGCGAUGUUGGAUUUCUUUGAUGAUGCGUUGAAUGGGAACAUAGAGUAG